AAAAAUUUUCAGAAAAUGGAUAAUGGUCACGGGUAUGAAGAAUUCGAAUUAUUAGAAGAUGGAUCGCUUGGAGAGUGCUCGACACAAGUGGCAAAUGCAACAUUUCUCACAAUUUCAAAGUUGAUAUGUUUGGUCGUUGCAUUCAAAUUCAUCAAACAUAUACCAAUUUCAACAACGGUUCGUGUCUAUGUACAUGUCUUCGCCAGUACUUUCACAGUUAUGUGGUUUUCAAGAAAUCACCUACAAUCGGCUAUCAUUUACAACAUGUUCAGUUUGAUAUCGCUUGCACUGGCCAUCAAACAAUUUAGUGGAUACAUCAUUCUUGCAGGGAACAUCUCUCUUCUGAUUGCAUUGCAAAACUUCUGCCGACACUACAGAUCCGAAGACUACUUUUUGUCCAUUCGUGGAAUUUUGAUGAUCCAUAUAAUGAGACUGACCACGGUUGCCUUCAAUCUGGAAAAAGCGAAUAGCAACAAAUUCCGAUUUGUUCAGUUUUCCAGUUAUGUUGAGUACAUUUACUUCCCACCGUUCAUCAUUUUCGGGCCCUAUUUGAGUUUUGAGCAGUUUUUCAAAAUGAGAGACAAAAAGUGGACAGGAUCUGAGAAUGAGCUCGGCUUCAUUAUUCAGUCUCUCCUUGCAAUCUUCAAUGCGAUCACUCUGGCAAUCAUAUCUUCGUGUCAUUUUGAAUUCUUCGAACCUUCAUCUCAAUUUAUGGAAGAUGCUCUGACAGCUAUGUCGUUCCGGUUCAGUCACUAUUUUGUCUGUCUAAGCACUCAAGCAUUUGUGUUGAUGUUAGGAUCAGAUGUAGUCGUUGCCAAUCCAUUGAAUAUUGAAUUCUCCAGAUCAACAUUACAAACGGUCUCAGAAUGGAACAAACCAUUUCAUACAUUCCUGCAUGAAAAUAUUUUCAAAAGGCGGUUGUUCAAUUCCACUGCAUGUAACGUUUUCUUCACGUUUGCAGUCAGCUCACUUUUGCACGGUCUUGACUUCCAAAUGACCAUUACACUAUUGGCUCUUGGUUUUAUUGCCUAUUCGGAAACUGUUUUCCGAAAACGACUUUCUGCCCGAUACUCAAUGUGUGUUGCUGCCAAAGCCUGCCCUGUCCGUUCAAACAGUCUUUCCUGCAAGCACAGACACUCAAACAAAACAGGACGUGCUUUGAUCAUCAAUUUGUUCUUCCUUAUGCUUUCCAUGUACCAUCUUGUGUUCACUGGAAUGACGUUCACCGACGACUAUUCUGCAAUUGGCUAUCCUUUUGAUCACGCCUGGAAGAUUUGGGGAUCUCAUUACUAUUCGAGUUUCAUGAUUUCUUUCCUAUUUCUUGCCCUGUCUAAAAUAAUCUGAGGUUUUGAAAAGCUGAAAUUCAGUUGUCAACAUUUUUCAACAAAACCGUUUUCUAUGCUUUAGUUCUCAGUCCUGGCCAUGUUCUCUUACGAGCUAAAACUAAAAAUCUAUUUUUUCUGUUUAAUGACUCAAACUCGGUUAAGAAUUUUUCUUUGCAAUUGUUUUAGUUACGAUCUUUUCAUCCUAUGAAUUAUUCAUUCCGCGUUGUACAGAAGCAUACAUUUUGAUUUGCAAAAUGUAUUUACUUGAAAGUUAAUCACACUGUGAAACACAUUAACAUCCAUGUGAAAAUAAUAAAAGAACACUUUGGUU